GGCAUUCGUAUCGGCAAUAAAAGUAGAAAAACGCGUCCGCUUCAGCGUGUCUUUCACUAUUCUUCCUUUCCUACGCGGUCUGCUCCCGGUUUUGUUCGCUUCCACCUCCUCCUCUUUCUGAUAUAGGAUAGGAGGACGACUAGUACUAGUAUUCAUCUUUCUUGCCAAAAACCCCACCUCAAACGUAAGGACUAGAAUUUGAUAGAUGAUGUUGCGAUCGUGCUAUAGGCCGUUGGAGAGGUGUUUAGGGAGGAGGAGUGGCGGCGGCGGCGGAGGAGAUGAGCUGCUGUGGCACAUGGACUUAAAGCCCCACGCCUCCGGUGACUUCUCCAUCGCCGUUGUCCAGGCUAAUUCUAGUCUCGAGGACCAGAGUCAAGUUUACACUUCCCCCUCCGCCACUUACGUCGGCGUCUACGACGGUCACGGUGGCCCUGAAGCUUCUCGCUUCGUUAACCGCCACCUCUUCCCUUAUUUACACAAAUUUGCCAGUGAGCAAGGGGGUUUAUCAGCGGAUGUGAUAAAGAAGGCAUUUAGUGCUACAGAAGAGGAUUUUACCCAAUUAGUGAAGCGAUCCUUGGCGGUUACGCCACAGAUUGCUUCGGUUGGCUCAUGCUGUCUUGUUGGCGCUAUUUCUAAUGACCAGCUGUAUGUAGCAAAUUUAGGGGACUCCAGAGCUGUUUUGGGCCGAAGAGGUUUUGAUGGUGAAAGUGGUUCAGUGGUAGCUGAGCGGUUAACAACAGAUCAUAAUGUUUCGUGCGAGAAGGUGAGGAGGGAGGUUGAAGCACAACAUCCUGGUGAUUCUCCCAUAGUGAUCUAUUGUCGCGGAGUCUGGAGAAUUAAGGGCAUAAUUCAGGUGUCAAGAUCUAUUGGUGACGUCUAUCUGAAGAAACCUGAGUUCAACAGAGAUCCAAUUUUCCAGCAGUUUGGAAAUCCUGUUCCGCUAAGGAGACCGGUAUUAACAGCAGAACCUUCAAUAAUCUGUAAAAAGAUCCAGCCGCAAGAUCUGUUCUUGAUAUUUGCCUCUGAUGGCCUUUGGGAGCACCUAACUGAUGAGGCUGCUGUGGAGAUUGUAUUCAAGCAUCCAAGAGCAGGAAUAGCUAAAAGGUUAGUUGGAGCUGCCCUGCGGGAGGCUGCAAAGAAGAGAGAGAUGAGGUACAAGGACAUGGCACAGAUAGAAAAGGGAAUUCGGCGGCAUUUCCAUGAUGAUAUCACGGUGGUCGUAAUUUAUCUUCAUCACCAGAAAAGCAAAUUGUCUCCUACUAAAAGGCAAGGCACUGUUGGCUGCAUAAGCGCUCCAGUGGACAUCUUCUCCUCUAACUCGGAUGAAGAAAUGGAUGACGCAUACGGCAGGAGUUUCUUGAGCAAGGACAAUCAGAUAAGGGCGGUAUACUAAUAACAUAUACUGCUACAUCUGAAGUCUGAACUGAAAAAAUGUAAUAUGUAGGUAUACAGGAAGACGCAGUUCGCCGUUGUAGAUAUGAGACUGAAGAGUGGUGUAGCGGCUUAGCAUUUUCUUAACUUCAGAUCCGGAUUGGAUACAAUCAUUUUUUUGUUCUUUCUUCCGUGCCGUGAGUUGGUUUUGGAGACAAAUAAUGGAUUGCAUUACAGAAAAUAAUUAUAUGUUACUACGUCGAUUGUUUUUUU